CGAAGUAAAGAUGGCGGACGUGUCGGGGAGCGAGCUGUCAGAGGAGAAAGAAGCAGAAAUUGAGCUGAAGAAAAGACAGAAACGACCGUGGGACGAGUUGCACAAGUCCGGUAAAAUCGGUAUAACUCCGGACCUACCGGAAACGUUGGGAUUCUACGAUAUAAGCGCUGUCAGGAGGAGGGAGCAACGGGAGGCAGCAGAUCCAUCGUUGACUCGCUUCAUUAGCGCAGAGCUUACCAGAGGCUACUUCCUGGAGCACAAUGAGGCAAAGUACACCGAGCGCAGAGAGAGAGUUUACACAUGCAUGCGCAUUCCCAAGGAGCUGGAGAAGCUGAUGACAUUUGGCUUCUUCCUGUGUGUGGACGCCUUCCUGUACGUGUUCACGCUGUUGCCCCUCAGGGUGCUGCUGGCCGUACUGCGCCUCCUCACGCUGCCAUGCUGUGGCUUCAGUGGGUCUCGGCUGCUGCAGCCAGCGCAGGUGUGUGACGUGCUGAAGGGUCUGAUCAUGGUGCUGUGCUUCUCCAUGAUGCAUUAUGUGGAUUACUCCAUGAUGUACCACCUGAUCAGAGGACAGUCCGUCAUCAAACUGUACAUCAUCUACAACAUGCUGGAGGUGGCUGACCGCCUCUUCUCGUCCUUCGGUCAAGACAUCCUGGACGCUCUCUACUGGACGGCCACAGAACCCAAAGAGCGGAAGAGAGACAGUAUAGGAGUCAUUCCUCACUUCUUCAUGGCCGUCUUUUAUGUCUUUCUGCAUGCCAUCCUCAUCAUGGUCCAAGCCUCCACCCUCAACGUCGCCUUCAACUCCCACAACAAGUCCCUGCUCACCAUCAUGAUGUCCAACAACUUUGUGGAAAUCAAAGGAAGUGUGUUCAAGAAAUUUGAGAAGAACAACUUGUUCCAAAUGUCUAACAGUGAUAUAAAGGAGCGGUUCACCAGCUACGUCCUCCUGCUCAUCGUCUGUCUCAGGAACAUGGAGCAGUUCGCAUGGAACCCAGACCACCUGUGGGUGUUGUUCCCCGAUGUCUUCAUGGUCGUCACCUCUGAGGUUGCAGUGGACAUCAUUAAACACGCGUUCAUCACCAAGUUCAACGACAUCACAGCCGAUGUGUACAGUGAAUACAGAGCCAGUUUGGCCUUCGAUCUCGUCAGCAGUCGGCAGAAGAAUGCUUGUACAGACUACAGUGACUCAGUGGCCCGCAGGAUGGGCUUCAUCCCUCUGCCGCUGGCUGUCCUGCUCAUCCGGGUGGUGAUGAGUUCGGUGAAGGUGCAGGGAGCUCUGUCGUACACGUGUGUGUUCCUCGGCUAUCUCGGGCUGGUGACUCUCAAAGUGUUGAACAGCAUCGUGCUGCUGGGGAAAUCCUGUGUUUACGUCAAGAGAGCCAACAUGGAGGACAAACUGUUUGAGACGCCGGCCCCCCCUCCACCCUCCUCCACCUCCUCCAGUAAAACCCCGAGCAGAGCGGAUGCCAGCUGUCCCACUCCUCCAGGUGAAUCUAAGAUGGAGCCGGCCCCCGUCACCCUCUGCAGCCCCCCCCCUCCUUCCUCCUGCUCUGUGACCACGCAGCCCUCCCCCAGGACUGACCUGUUUCCCCCCCCACCUGCUGACCACUCCCCCGCUGCUCCACCCCCCCGCACCCCGACUCCCACCCCUGAACCUGAACCCCCUGCACCCCCUCUCUCCAAAGAGGAGGAGGAGGAGGAGGAGGAGGAGGAGGAGGCAGCAGCAAGCGAACUGAAGCACAGGACUCCCAAAAAAGACCUGCUGGAGAUCGACCGCUUCACCAUCUGUGGGAACCGCAUCGACUGAGGAGCGGAGCGACGAACACGAGGAACACUCAGGGAGACGGAGAGCGGAGCAGCUCAGCCCGGCCCCCGGCCAAUCAGCAGAGAGAGAGAGAGAGAGAGAGAGAGGGAGAGAGAAAGAGGAAGAGGGAGUGAGAGGGAGAGAGAAAGAGAAAGAGAAAGAGAGAGAGAGAGGGAGAGAGAAAGAGGGAGUGAGAGGGAGAGAGAGGGGUAUUUAUUAGGAUGCAGGACAGAAAGUUAUUGUGAACAUGAGACAAUACUGCUGCUGUGGAAGUGUCGAGAAGUUUUAUAAGAAAACUUCAGCAGAGAGACCGAGCAGCUCAGGAGGAACUGUCAGGAGUGUGAGGAGUGUGUGUGCAGGUGUGAGAGUGUGUGAGAAACGGUGUGUGUGAGCGUGAGAGCACUUCCUGUCUGAGCAGCACUGAGAGCAGAGAGAGAAACGUCUCGGAUCGCUCAGCAAAACAAACUCUGACAUUAAAGGAAACGCCUGAAUCAUUCUUCACUCGUAAGCGCUUCCUUAUCAGCUGACUCAACAAGUUUAUUCAUCAGGUGUCAUCAUACAUCAACACAAUUAGAAAUAACCACGUCUUUAAAACUAUAUAUUAUAACAGCCGAGCCUUUGGAGUCAGACGCUGAGGUCCACUACAUCUGGAUUCGGCUCAGUACUGGAAAGAUAAUAAUGGACUUCAGUCGAAGGUUCCCAACCUGAGGCUUGUGACCCACACAAAGUGUCAUUACAUCCAUUAGGGAAGUUACGAGUGAAAAAAAAAAAACAAGAAACCAGAAAGAAAAACAAAAUGUCUGCCUUUUUUAAUAACUGCAAAAGUUCACAUUUUUGCUCUCACAUGAAAAAUAAACGAAUUAUUUUUUAAUAAAUGAGUCACAAACUGUACACACCACAUGAAUAGGGGCCACAACGUUUAUUGUUUUAUUAUUGGGUCACAAGCCAAAACUGAUCCCUGAGCAGUCACACACACUGAUAAUAAUAUGAUAUAUAUUUAUAUCUUAUAUAUAUAUAUGAUGCUCGCUCUAUUACCCGCUCAGCUCAGAAAUCACAACCCCAGUCCCACUCAGGCCGUAAUCAUUUGAAGUGACGUUUUAUUCCCGACAUGUUUAAAUGGAGUAAUGUAAGUGAGUGAGAGCCCUUCCUUCACACAGCCUACAGAUGACGUCACUCAAGGAUCAUCAUCAGUACAAAACUAACAGAAGCUGCCGUUUGAUUAGAAGCGGCCGACACUAAAUCUGUUCUUCAAACCGCUCAGUAUGUUAGACUCCAGAUGAUCAGAAACCAUCUCACUUAGACUGAAAGAAACAACGCCGAUUCCUGACAGACGAGUGUUUGCACUGAUGGACCGUAUUGUCUUAAAUACGACGGGUCACGUUUCUCAUUUGACUCUGGAGUAAUGUUCUAAUGUUUACAUCUCAGAAAAACAGAAGCAAUAUUUCCAAAACAAAAUGCCUUUUUAUUUUUUGCAUGUGUGUUUUACAUUUGAUUUGCUACGACUGAAACUUUUAUUGCUAUGUCAAAUCUAUAAAACAGUUUUACAAUUGACUUUGAGGCCAUACAUUUCCAGCAGCAGCCACAUAUUUAGUUUGUCUCAAAACUGACUUUUUUAUCCGCUUUAAUAAAUAAUGGUACGUUACAGAGCGCUUGGUGCCAUGCCGACUUUACGAGGUUACACUUUGCAGUAGUUUUAGCUAAACUAUACAGAUAAAUAUAACAACAAAGAAUAUUUUAAAUAAUCUACGCAGAAGUCACUAAAUGUCCUAAUUAGUUUUUUCUGCUCUGUUAAUAACACAAUCCAACACAGUCAUAUGUUUUUGAAGUUGCUGUCAUGAUGUAAAGAGCAGAUUUGACUUUAAACAGAAAGAUUAUAUAUAAAGGAACACAUGCUAAGAGUUCAUUUGGAGAGAUGUUCAUUAUUACCAUUGUAAUAAGAAGGAUUGUUCUAUUUUAGGAGCUGCAGUUGUGAUAUAAUAAUAUUUAACUCUCCUCAGAGCUUUGUGUGUUUUUGGUCCGUUACACUGCCUGCUUUAUUUCUUCUGUUUGGAUCCUUAUUUAAUUCCUACCUCGAUCAAUAUUGUAUGAAAAUGCCCAAUUUUGACUGAAUAAAAGUUGGUUUUACAAGUGUUUGGUUUUAACACUUUGAAGUCAUAUCAUCAGAUAA